CGGAGUAUCACUUUGAGUCGAACAAUCGAAAAUGUAUGGUAAUGUAGACAGCCACCUGACGGAACAGAAAACCCGUGUUACUAUCUUUGAAAAAAGCAAAGUCGAAAACAUUUGCCAGACGACCAUUGAAGAACGAACAAGCGCCCGUUUUUUCUCCCUCGGGCUGUUUCUCUUAACGUUCAACUCGACGAAAAUAUCUACCUGUUGAGCUGGUCAUCUCUCUUGCCUCUAAAGUUCACAACUCUCCCAAUGUUAAGCCAUUCAAAUUUACACUUCUCCACUACUAUUUGAUGUCAAGCUCUUUCAGCACAGACGCUUAAAGAAAGAAUGGAAGAACAAGGAUUACGCUGUUCAAAACUACCCAAAACUCUAGAAAACAGUCAAAUGGCUGCCUCGUUCGAUCUCACCUUCCGCGACCUUUGUUUUAGCAAGGGAAAAGGGGCCACUGGCAAGACGAUCUUACACAACAUGAACGGAGCUUUCAAGUCUGGCCAGCUAACGGCAAUUAUCGGACCUUCUGGUGCGGGCAAAACGUCGCUCAUGAAUAUCUUGGCUGGUUUAAAGACGCGUGGCGUACAGGGUCGAAUCGACAUGAAUGGGGUCGAACGAGAUCGCAAAACAUUCCGUAAACGAUCUGCGUACAUUAUGCAAAAAGAUCACCUGUUGUCGAACUUAACUGUUGAUGAAUACAUGACCGGUGCUGCUCACCUGAAACUGGGAAACGGAGUCUCCAAUCAAGAGAAGCAACGCGCAAUAGACCAAAUCAUGAACACGUUAGGAUUAACCGAUAGCCAAAAAACACGAAUCUCUUGCUUAUCCGGCGGUGAAUGCAAGCGACUAUCCGUCGGACUUGAAUUAAUAAACAACCCGACCAUUUUAUUUUUGGAUGAACCUACCAGUGGAUUGGAUAGCUCGUCAAGUUUGCAAUGCGUCCGAUUGUUACGUGAAAUUGCCAAGAGCGGUCGUAUGGUAGUGGCUACCAUUCACCAGCCAAGUUCAAGGCUUUUAGAAUAUUUCGAUCAUCUGUACAUUGUGGCCGGAGGAUCGUGCAUGUUUCAAGGACCGGUCCAGUCUCUAGUGCCAUAUCUCCGUACUAUGAACCUGAACUGCCCUAGUUACCACAAUCCGGCUGAUUUCGCAAUGGACGUAGCCAGCGGAGAGUACGGAAACGUGCUGGCCGGAUUGGUAUCAGGCAUCGAAAAUGGACGUCUAAUUUAUCAAGAAAAUACAACGCCAACGUCAGAGUCACCGUCUUCAAGUCGAGUGACUGACAAUGGAUUCGACGAUGAAGACGAGGACGUAAAUAUGUUAGACUGCCAUUCAAAGAAAAGAGAUAAGACUAACAACGAGCGCUUGUUUUAUGUGGCCCCUUUCCAUACGCAAGUGGCCGUCCUCCUUGGAAGAACAUGGCGAAUAAUUUGGAGAGAGAAGAUGCUGACGAUGCUUCGUUUCGCCGCCCACAUAAUCGUCAGCAUCCUGAUGGGAUUGCUCUACUGGCGCGUCGGCGACGACGCCGCAGUCAUCUACAACAACGCCGGAUUGCUCUUCUUCAAUCAGCUUUUCAUCCUGUUCGCCGCCAUGAUGCCGACUGUCGUGACGUUUCCGCUGGAGAGGCGAGUGCUGCUCAGAGAACAUUUAAAUCACUGGUACAGCCUGAAGGCGUAUUAUCUGGCGAAGACGUUGGCCGACAUUCCGUUCCAGAUCAUCUUCCCGUUCCUCUAUUUGUUGAUCGUCUACUUGAUGACAAAUCAGCCGUUGAGUAUUCAACGUUUCGGCAUGCUUUUGUGCAUCACUAUUUGCAUGUCGCUGGUAGCGCAAGGCAUCGGCUUAUUAGUCGGCGCGGCGUUCAGCAUCCAAGUGGCCGUUUUCGUGGCCCCGGCUUGCACGAUUCCAUUCCUGCUGUUUUCAGGAUUCUUCGUCAAUUUGAAUUCGAUACCGGUUUACAUGUCGUGGAUUGCCGACGUCAGUUUCUUCCGCUACGCGUUCGCUGGAUCCAUGUUGGCCAUUUAUGGUGACGAACGUGCGCCUCUCACCUGCUCUCAGCCUUAUUGCCAUUUUCGCUACGCUGAAAAAUUUCUGGAACAGUUUGACCUUGAUCAGAGUUCUUACCGUUUGUCCAUUGUUGGUUUGUUGAUCUUUUUCAUCGUCAUACGAGUGGCUGGUUAUGUUGUCUUACGUUUCAAACUGAGGCACGUACGCUGUUGAAAAGCUCUCCUAUUUUUAGGACUUAUGAUAUUAUUGGACGCGUAUCGAAA